AUGCUUCCCGACGAGCACUACUCCAAACAACUAGAUUUGCAACAUUUGUCAUAUAUUAAGCAAAUCAAUUAUAGAUGUGCAGCAUCUCAUUUUGCAACAUCGGUUGCUUACCUAAUGGUAACAGUCGGAUGUAUUAUGGGAUUUGGUUUUGGCUUGAUGUAUUGCCCUGCAAUUGUCGUCGUCACAAUGUAUUUCGAAAAGAAAAGAGCGUUAGCAACUGGAAUGGCCGUUUGUGGUGCUGGUAUUGGAACUGUGAUGUUCGCACCAAUCAGUGAAGCACUCAUUCGACUCUUCUCAUGGCGAUUCGUUUUUAUCGCAUACACUGGUUUCGUUUUGAUGUGUAUCGCUUGUGGUGCAGUGUUUCGUCCUCUCAAGUUUGUACCUGUCGAAGAUGAAGAGGAACGUAACGAAAAGAAAUUCGUUGGAGACAUAAAAAUAAGUGACGAGGUCAAGCAGAAAUUGAUCAAGAAUGGUGAUGACGUUCAACAAGUCCAGCCGAAGGUAUUGCUUAGAAAAUGUUUGCGUUCAGUGAGUGCCAGCGAAAUUUCGAAUUUUUUCAACCAUUUGGAUGACAACGAAAAGAAUACGUCUUCGAAUGGUGGCGAUCGAGUAAAUGGUAGACGAAAUUCGCUUGAAGAAUCAGAUAAGCCAACGCCACGCCCACGGUUGGCUAGCUUAAAUCUGAAUGCCAGCUCACCAGGCAGACAAAGAACUAUCUCAGAAUCAACCGGUUUCAUCAGUGUUAAAGACGUGUUCUAUACGGGAUCGGUGACAGAGAUUCCUGAUUUCGUAGAGAAAAGGGAUCAGUAUCGUUCUAUAACGUCGCUGAACUUAGGCAAAAAUGGUACUUUGGAAACGGUCAAAGAAGAAGAACAACACGCUGAAGCGAGCCGAGUGCGAGAAAUCUGGAGAACAAUAUCGAAGAUGACAGACUUGACAUUGCUCUACGAUCCGGUAUUUCUUCUUUUCGCCAUAUCAAAUCUUCUGACGAGCGUCGCAUUCAAUUCACCUCUUGUAUUCUUGCCCGUGCACGCUGAAUCACUCGGUUGUUCGCCUGAACAAGGAGCGCGAGUUAUUAGCGUAUUUGGUUUGAUGAAUACGAUCGGUCGAAUAUUAUUUGGUUCGGUAUCGGAUCGCGAAUUCCCAACAAAAUAUGGCAAAGACACUGCUCGGAAUCGUUUAUGGAUAUACAUCAUAUCGUUGACCGUUUGUGGAACUCUUACGAUGCUUGUCUUUUUAUGCACCGAUUUCUACUCGCUUGCGUUAUAUUCGGGAUUGUUCGGUUUAACACUUUCAUCGUACGUUUGUUUGACGUCAGUUUUAUUGGUUGAUCUGUUGGGUUUGGAACGACUUACGAAUGCAUUCGGCCUCCUGCUUCUCUUCCAGGGCAUUGGCACUGUCUUUGGACCUCCCAUUGCAGGAAGAAUUGCUGACGUGACUGGUAACUACAAUUGGUCAUUUAUAUUCUGUGGAGUGUCGUUAUUGAUAUCUGGGUUGAUGUUAUUUAUUGUACCGUCAGUUCAAAGAAAAGAAGCCAAAAAAAAGUUGGAUAUUGAGGAGGCAGAUGCGACUAUGGAGAAAUUGUCUCCAUCAACUGUUACGACACCUUUGUGA